CCGCCCUUUCCUUUUACCCGUCCCCUCCUUUUGGUUCUUUCUGCCUACCUCCUCGGGUGACGCAGAAACUUUCUAGAAAUCCUUCCCAUCGGCCUUUGCGUUUCCAACAUGGAGGACCUGGCGGUGGAAGUGCGCGGCUCUAACGGAGCUUACUACAAGGGAUUUGUCAAAGAUGUACAUGAAGAUUCCCUCACAGUUGUUUUUGAAAACAACUGGCAACCAGAGCGUCAGGUGCCUUUCCAUGAGGUCCGGAUGCCUCCUCUCCCAGAUAUUAAAAAGGAAAUUACUGAAGGAGAUGAGGUAGAGGUGUACUCCCGAGCCAAUGACCAAGAACCUUGUGGGUGGUGGUUAGCAAAAGUACGAAUGAUGAAAGGAGAGUUUUAUGUUAUUGAAUAUGCUGCUUGUGAUGCUACCUACAAUGAAAUUGUAACAUUUGAACGGCUGCGACCUGGAAACCAGAAUAAAAGUGUAACAAAGAGCUCCUUCUUCAAAUGUACAGUGGAUGUUCCUGAAGAUUUAAGAGAACCGUGUUCUAAUGAAAACGUGCAUAAGGAAUUCAAGAAAGCUGUAGGAGCCUGCCGAGUUUAUUUUCAUGCAGAAACUAAUCAGCUGAUAAUACUGUCUGCAUGUGAAUCAACUGUAAAGAGAGUAACCAUAUUGAGCGACAUGCAUUUGAGAAGUAUUCGCACCAAACUGAUGCUUAUGUCAAGAAAUGAAGAGGCCACAAAACAUUUAGAAUGUACAAAACAGCUUGCAGCAGCAUUUCAUGAAGAAUUUGUUGUCCGGGAAGAUUUAAUGGGUCUGGCAAUAGGGACACACGGAAGUAAUAUCCAACAAGCUCGGAAGGUUCCAGGUAUCACUGCUAUUGAGUUAGAUGAAGAUAGUGGCACAUUUCGAAUUUAUGGGGAGAGUGCAGAAGCAGUUAAAAAAGCCAGAAGUUACUUGGAGUUUGUGGAAGAUUUCAUUCAAGUACCUAGAAAUCUUGUAGGAAAAGUAAUUGGCAAAAAUGGAAAAGUCAUUCAAGAAAUUGUUGAUAAAUCUGGAGUCGUUCGAGUCAGAAUCGAGGGAGACAACGAAACAAAGUUACCCCGUGAAGAUGGUAUGGUUCCAUUUGUUUUUGUUGGAACCAAAGAGAGCAUUGGUAAUGUACAGGUUCUUCUGGAAUAUCACAUUGCAUACUUAAAGGAGGUAGAGCAACUUAGAAUGGAAAGGCUACAGAUCGAUGAGCAACUUCGCCAGAUUGGUAUGGGCUUCAGACCUUCUUCUAGCAGAGGAACAGAAAAAGAAAAAGGAUAUGCAACUGAUGAAAGCACUGCUUCAUCUGUCCGUGGAAGCAGGUCCUACAGUGGGAGGGGCAGAGGCCGCCGGGGCCCAAAUUAUACAUCUGGUUAUGGUACAAAUUCUGAGCUCUCCAAUCCUUCUGAGACUGAAUCAGAAAGAAAGGAGGAACUGAGUGACUGGUCACUAGCUGGGGAAGACGAGCGUGAAAGCCGCCAACAGCGUGACAGCCGAAGGCGUCCUGGGGGUAGAGGACGUAGUGGAUCUGCUGGUCGCGGUCGGGGAGGAUCAAGGGGUGGCAAGUCUUCUAUCAGCUCUGUUCUUAAGGAUCCUGACAGCAACCCAUACAGCCUACUUGACAACACAGAAUCUGACCAGACUGCUGACACAGAUGCAAGCGAGUCUCACCACAACACAAACCGUCGAAGGAGAUCAAGGAGGAGGAGGACCGAUGAGGAUUCCUCACUAAUGGAUGGAAUGACAGAGUCAGACAAUGCAUCAGUUAAUGAAAAUGGCUUGGAUGAUAGUGAGCAAAAACCCCAGCGACGCAAUCGUAGCCGCAGGCGUCGCUUCAGGGGUCAGGCAGAAGAUAGACAGCCAGUUACAGUGGCUGACUAUAUUUCUAGAGCAGAAUCUCAAAGCCGGCAGCGGAAUCUACCUAAAGAACCUUUGGCAAAAGGCAAAAAAGAAAAGGUGAAGGAUGUCAUUGAAGAGCACGGACCUUCAGAAAAAGUCAUUAAUGGCCCAAGAGCUGCUUCUGCCGACAAGGCUUCAAAGCCACAGACCACAGAAAGAAACAAAGCAAGCUGUCAAGAUGGAAGUAAACAAGAAGCCAUACUGAAUGGGGUGUCUUAAAUGGAAGUUCCUAGUUUACAGUUCCUUUACAUUACAUUUUACAAUAGUGCUUGUACAAGCUUGCCAAAGAUAGAUUAAGGAUCGCCAGUCUUUACACCACACUUUCAGUUCCUCCAUAUGGAAUACAGAAAGGGGAGGGAUCCUGACACGUUAAACAUAAGUUGAUACCUACUGUGUUCUAAAUACAUCAUCAGAUGUGCCUUGAGAUAGUAUACGAAACAUUUAAAAAAAAAAAAUGAAAAAGUGCUGGCUAUAGGAAAUGUUGUUUUGUUUUCAAAAUAUGGCAUUGAUAGGGGUGGGGGGGAUCCUGCAUAAUAUUCAUUCUAAAAGCAUUAGCUGCUUUUUGUUACAUUUUUUAAUAUGCAACCACUUCUUCACCUGAGGAAAACUAGAAAAAUGCAGUCUAAAGUACUUUGCACUGAAAUGUAAUUUCUCCAUUGGUUAGGUCUGGGAAAUGGUCAUUUUAACUUUUUUUUCUCUACUCCCCUUUAAAAAAAGUUUGUUGAAGAAAAGCUGCAGAUCACUGGAAAAACAGAAAAAAAACUCUGCAGAGAAACUGGCAGUGACUGUUCUAAAUUGGAGCUUUGUUUGGUUUAUUUAUUAAACUGUACAGUAUUUAAAAUCAAACAUAGCUAUAAACACUAAACUGAACAUAGUCAUGUCCACAAAGGCAUAAUCCUAACUACUGAAAAGAUCAAUUUCCAGAAUGUUUAUCCUGUAAAAACUGCAUAUGUUAGUCAUUAGUAUGGUAUUUUUAUUUUUGUUUUGGUUGUUUGAUGUGCAAUAUGUUUUUUUUGUAUGCAGGUAGUAAAGAAAAAAAAAUAAACUUUGCUCUUCCAUUUUUGAUUAUCAGCCUAGUUUCCUAAUGGUGGGGUUGGGGGUGGUAUGCGUUUCUUAACCCCUCAUUGCCUGCUACUGCAGCAUCAGCAAUGUUAAAAAUGCAUACAUCUACAGUAUGGAAUCAUAUUUGUUUUUGCAGCUAAUAAUGCAUCAAUACACCUGAGGCAUUAAAAAGUAGUUUAGCUAAAAAUAUGAUAUGUAGGUGUUGGAUCCCUUUUUGUAAUAUAUUUACAUUGCAUAUGACACCUUUUUAAAAUAUAAUUUGGGUCCUCUUAUUUGUCCAAAUGUGUAGGGUGCUGAAUUGAAAUCCAUAAAAUAAACAACUUUCCAGCACAUAACCUUUCAA